AUGCCCCUCCCCGGCUCCGUCGAGUUGAAGCGCCCGGAUCUGAAGGGUGAAUUCACGUGCGGUGCGUGCCGCAAGAGCUUCUGCCACAUCUCCAGCCUCAACCGCCACCGCGUCAACUUCCACUCUUCGAACCGUCACUGUCGCCUCUGCGAUGCCCCGAUUCCCGUCGACGAACACUUGCGCUCCCACAUGUCACAACGGCACCAAAUUGAGCAGGUCUUCACGUGCAGCUGCUGCAAUUGGGCAUUCCCCGACAAGAAGCAGCUGAAUAUGCACAUCUAUUCGAUGUCCAAGACCGGCCAGCCGGGCCCCGCCAACGUCAUUGCGACUGUGGAUUUGGAGCCGGGAACCUUCGCUGUCGAACGUCCGCCUAGUCGACGCGCCUCCGAACCGGCGCCCAAAAGUCGGCAGCAAGCCGCGCGGAAAGUCGAGGCCCCAGCUGCCGAAGCUACCAAAAAUCCAGUCCCAGCUUUGGCCGACGCCGUGCAGAAUAUCAUCGUUCAGAUGGUGGCCACACAGCUGCGGUUGAGGGCCAACGAUGAGGCGCCGGCCGCCUGGUUCGACGCUUUUCUCGCCAACAAUCCGGCGCUGGCCGCACUCGCCACGGAUGCCACUAUCAUGGCGCUCGCCCGCCCGGAGAGCCAGGCGACCGACACUUCCGACAGCGGUGAUGACCAAUCAACCGCGGCGCCGAGUCCUUCUACCAGCCAGUUCUCCACUCAAGAGUUUUCCGACGCUCCGCUAUCGAUUGAGCUGCCAUCCCCAUCAUCGCAAGCCUCUACCUCCGCAUCGUCGGCCAUUUCUGAAGCGGAAUCAACCGGGUCCACGGCCAGCGGAACGAAGCGGAAGCGAACCCUCGAUGACAUAGCCUCAUCUUUGGCCAAGAAAAAGAACGCUUCCUAUCGCGUUACGCUCUGCCAGCGAAUGUUGCCCCGCUGGGAACAACCGAGGCAGAAGAGCCCGACAAAGAACGAACGACUGUGGCCAGCGAAUUAUGGACAGGAUAAGCUGAUGGCCUGGGAGCAGCCGAUGCAAAAAAGCCCGACAAAGAACGAACGAUUGUGGCCGGCGAAUUAUGGCACGAUGCUAGCGCUCGGAUCAACCUCGCUGGACGGACUGAUGGUCUGCCUCACCGACUACAGCCACGACAAGACCGAAGACCGCCCUCUCCUCGCCAACCUGCCGCGCCUGCAGGUCGUCAGGGCGCACGAGCUCGUCGGCGUGGAUACGGUUGGCCGCUUCUACUUGACGGCCGAGUGGACGGUGGAAGAGAGCGGCAUCCUCAACGCAAAGUACCCAAAGGAAUUCGGCCAACCUCUGGCGACCAAAUGCAUCAACGGACAGCGCGUGCCAUCGCUGCGCUCCCGCAUCACGUUUGCCCGGAAAGCCGACCUUCUUGGGCAUGACGUGGCCGACCCGCAGAACUGCUGGUCCCCGGAUGUCGGCCGUGUCCAGGCCCAACCCGGCAGCUACACGCCCUUCGUCGCCUACGAUUGCACCCUCAUUUGCGAAUACGCGAUGCCGCGGCCGCCCUUCACGAAGUCGGCGCCAAAUUCGGGGUUCACAUGGAAGGCCGUCGACAUCGCACUAGCCGCUGAUCAGCAACGAGCGGCCGUCGAUUUUAUGAAGUACGAGUUCACGCCGCCGUCACCUUUGGAAUUUCGACUGCUCGCUAACGAGCGCUGGAAUGAGGCGCGAAAGAAGGACAGACCCGCAUUCUUUCGGCGACUUAUGUGCAAGGGAAGAUCAAUUUUGGAGGUCAUCUACAAAGCUCGAUACGUCAACGACUUUGAUUUGCGCUGUUAUGCUGUGGGCGAAGGUAUGGAUUUCGGGGUGAUGAUCGACGUCAAUGCGGUAUUCGAUGGCGAGCAGGCGUUCCCCGUCGAAAACCCGAACCCGUACGCCCUGCUCGUCGGCUGCAUCUACGACAACUCGGAGCUGGGCGAGACUAAAGUGUCGAUUCUUCCCGAGUUCCGGAGCCGUUAUCUGAAGGCGCGACGCCUCGACCCGAUCAAGCCGGGCGAACACCGCAUUUUAAUUUCGGAGCAGGUGCGCGUGGUGUACGAUGAUGACGACGAGGGAGAGCCCCUGGAAUAUCUGGACCAAUCGAUGGAUGAGGAGGACAAAUACGAUCGAUGCGUCUGGAUCAAGCAAUCUUUUCUCGACCGGGAAAUGGUAGUCCUCGAAUGGAUCCUGACGCGAAAGGCUGACGGCAUCCUGGAAAUCUGGCAAAAUUCGGCUUCCCUGGUUAAAUCCGAGCUGAAUGAUGAGAAGAAGCGCCGCCACGAUUCUGGCUUCUACGCGCACCAGGAGCGGAUGUGCUAUCAGCCGAUAGACGAUCAGAAGCUCUCGAUCAAGGGGCUUAUCGUGGCCAAGAAGCAGGAUGAAGCCAUCGUAUGGCCAUGUAUGCCGAAGGGAGGAUGGCCCGGAGCAGCACUCAUCAAUAGACAAUUCCUCCCAGACGGCGCCGUCGUUGGUGAUGAGGUCUCGUUCUUCGCCGUCCGGACGAAGCGCAUCGGCCGCUCCGAUCCACUCGACAUUGGACUCGUGGCUGUUUGCGAAAAGCUGAUCGGCUGGCAGCCGCGUCGCAACCUCGACCCCACCUGGCGUCUCAGCCAACGCCUGGCCACCGGCGAGAUUACGCGCACCUUCCGCUUCUGCAUUCGCAAUAAUGAGCCGAAUUUCUGGGACCCGCAGCCGCAGCUCAACCUCCACGGCGAAAAGGACCUGCUGAUCGUGGAAAGCGCGUACGGCUACCGGGUGCUGGUGUGCAACGAAAAAGAAAAGACGCUCAUCAUCGACAUCAAGAACUUUGUCAAGCGGCACGCGUUCGGGAUCUUGGAGGAAGAGAUCCGCCUGCCGUGUAUCUUGCAGCCGUCGCCGAUCCAUGGCGGACGCAUGCCCACCCCGCUACGCCUCGAUACAGGAUACGGCACCGUCGAGCUGCUCUCCAAGCUGACGACGAGGUUGUCCGAUGAUCUCGAGACGAUGAAGCAGCACCAAAGCGACAUCAGC